AUGUGGGCCUACAGUUCACCAAUACAGGAAGGGAAGAGAUUAUGGGUGUGCACCUCGGCCUUGAUCCUAAUUUUGGGAGGUCUUUUGGGACGAUGGAUCACAGAGGUUCGAGCUGCGCCUAUAAGCAGAGAGGCAGCAGCACCUGGUCUUUGCCCCACCAUCCACCGUUUUAUCCCCCGUGACUCCAAAGCCUUCAUCCCUAUACCCCGAACCAAGGGAUUCUCAAUUCUCUGCAAAGUGAACACUUCCUCAUCCCGCUGUGAGUGGGUCCUGCUUGCUAGCAGGGGGCGCUCAUACUAUUUCAACAUGGACCUGAAGGAGCACCUCAUCCUAUACAACAUGGGCCUCAUCAUCACGCGCAUGAGCAAGGAGCUGGAAGGGGAGUACCAUGUCCUCUCGGGCAUCAACAAAACCUGUGAGGGCCGGGUCUUCAUGACGGCUGUGGGUCCGUUGUUCCUAUAUCGGAUUUUCCUGCUGAUCCCUGGUAUUGUGUUCCUGUGUGGACUGGGUCUGCUGUGGGACUGGCUGAUAAAAGCCCGCAACCGGCUUGCGACCUCUGAGGAAGGGCAAGGUGCUAACGCAAGGAUUCAGCACGUCAUCCCUCCAUUGGAUCUGAGCAGAAACCCCUAAUGGAAGUUCGGUCUCUUCCCCCAUUCACUAAGGAAAGAACUUGAAUGUGACCCUACAAUCCAUGUGCUCCGCAUGUGUGGCUUGUACAUAUAUCUCGUACGUUUUGCAAAUAUCCUGCUUGAUUUUCCAA